GGCAUUUUACCGUUCAAACUGUAUAAAUAGGAGCUGGUUUUAGGACACUGCUAAUUUUUCGUUAUUAGUCUUUGUGAAGCUGCUCUUCACUUCGUGUCUCGUUUCCUGUUUCAUCAGACGUUAACAACUCAAAGCAUCAUGAACACUUUCAAGAUGUCGAUCAUUCUCAUCGUGUCUCUCUGUCUCUUGAUGACCAUAGGACAAUCUGAAGCACGCAGGUACGGCAAGAAGAACAUGAGGAAGAUAGAUGAUGGCGGCAUGGAAAGGGAUCGGGUGGAGCGAUCUUUAGGGUCAGACUCAAACUCGGCAGGUCGCGAGAAGCGAUCUGAAUCAGGCUCAGACUCGGCAGGUCGCGAGAAGCGAUCUGAAUCAGGCUCAGACUCGGCAGGUCGCGAGAAGCGAUCUGAAUCAGGCUCAGACUCGGCAGGUCGCAAAAAGCGAUCUUUAGGCUCAGACUCAGACUCGACAGGUCGCUAGAAGCGAUCUAGUUCAGAGAAGGCUAAUGGCGCUGCCUCAAAAGAAUCUGCUUCUUCCAAUGAGAGUAGAUAGACCAGGUCCGGCUUCGGGCGUUCUUUGGCGACGUUAAAGCGAUGAUUUAUGAUUCAAAUU